CAUACUUCACAUACUACAUAGUCAUCAUAGUGACAUACUCACAUAGUCAAUGUCAAUGCUAUAGAUCUAGAUCUAGACUCUAGAUUCUAGUAACUAUAGCCAUUACGGUAAUGCCAUUACCUAGCUUUAUUUAUAGUAAUAGUCUCUAUAGACGGUAUAUAGACUAUAGUAAGACGUUUUUGCUUGCUUAGUUUUGAGCCAUUGAGAAAUGUCAUCACCAAAGCCUGCAACUCAGGGUAAAGAGACUGUUCUUCUUGUUCAAGCCAAGCCAAAAUAUAAUUUUCAGAAUGCUCGGAAAUUGCCCAAGGAGGUCACGAAACCUGAUGGUCUAAAAGAAAAGGUUAAAACUGUAAGUUUAUCUGAACCUGAGAAACUUGAAAUAUUGCAUAACCAGUUGUCCCAAGAGACAAGCAAUGGUUUGUCAAAGUCCCAAGCUAGUCGUCCUGUUGCUGUUGUGGGUGCUUCAAGAUCUCGUGUUGUCCAAGAGAAAAACACAGUAAUCAAACCUGUGUCUAGUGUUGCAUCAUCCCUUGCUACUGUGUCUUUUAAUUCAGCCUCUGCAAGGCAAAAUAACUUACCAGUGCAAGAGAACGUUCCACAAAUUUUAAGUAGUACAUAUUCAUCUUCAAGCACUUUUCCUUUAGAGCUCACUCUGUCUGUGGCAGACACUAGCCCUCUAAAAGACACUCCCAAAAAGGCGCCAGAAAUCGCUUCUGGGACAGAUGUAUCUGUCGGCGUAUUUCCCCGAGCACUAAAAUGUGAAGAGGAUGGAAAGAUUGCAGCACUAGAAAAAGAGAGGGAUAAGCUGAAGAAAGACUUAGAAGUGCAGCUCCAGGUGAAUUCUGAACUAAAGAGGCUCCUUGUCGCAUCAGUGGGAGAAGAUUUAUUUCAUCGGGUAGAAAAACUUUGCCAAGACAGAGCCCAGCUGUCAGUAGAUAUUGGUGGUUUCAGCAAGAAGCUGUCUGAAGAUUAUGAAAAUCUUGACAAAGUUUCCAUACAAGCAGACAUGUGGAGAAGUAAAUACCUGGCCUCGAGAGUCAUGAUUGAGGAACUGGGCAAUGCCAGAGCGUAUUAUUCUCUCCAGUGCCAUGAUACCCAGGAUGCCUUGCAGCAAUUGUUGAAUGAGAGGCAUGAGCUUCGCACAAACCUUUUGGAGGCUUACAAGGUACUACAGCAAGUGAAGACUGCCUUUGAUCCUCUCAAUUCUCAUUGCUCCUCCUCCUUGAGGUCGACCAAUGUCAUAGAACUAUCUCGAGCUUGUCAGCAACUAGCAGAGGCCAUGCGGUUCAGACUGCUUCCUGCACACGUUGCUGUUCCAAUAGAUAUGGAUGCCAGUGAGGACAUUUGGGCUAACUCUGUGACUCGGGCUGAACAGUUUGCUCAUGAGAUCUUGUCAAAGCCUAGUGAGCCAAUAGGAUCGCUUCAGUCAGGUUCGUCUCGAUUGCUUCCGCUAACAGGGCCACAGGAGAUGUUGAUCAAACGUUACCAUCCUGACACAAAACACGAGAAUCUCACUUUGAACUGCUGCGGUAAAUGCAAGGGAGACAUUGCUGUCGUCUGAUGAAAACGAGGCUUGUUAGGUAGCAGUGCCAUUCACCUCUCUUGUGUCCGAAAAAUUAUCUAGCCUAGGACCAGCCGAUUGUUUGUAUAUCUAUUUUAUUGAUGUGGUUAUGGAUAUCAUUCUUCAAUGCAUCAUCUUCCAACAUAAUCUUCAUUGACAUUUCAACUAUCUCGUUGAUGGACAUUUUUGUCAGCAAUAUAAGCAUAUCAAAGUGUUUUUUUUUAUUUGCUUCGUGAGUUAGAUGAUUGCUUCCUGUUGACUUUAUACCUUCCUCCUAUUUAAAUUGUUCCAUUUGUUUCUAUGCAAGCUGACCUGCUAUAGUACCGUUCCCUUUCACAAAUGAGUUGUCUUUGCCGAAUUCGGCUCGUCUGUUGGGAAUGUAAUGACAUUACACACAUCACAGGGUUUUCAAGCUUCUCAAGCCUUUACUUAAAUGGAGUUUGAGAAGAAUGUGGAGAUUUUUAGAAAUUUAGUCACACUGACUAAUAUGCUAGCACAAAUUCUGAACAAAUAUCUUAUGAGCAUGCUUGGAUUUGCCUGAUCAGAUGGAAUUUUAAAGCUCCCUUUAACUCUUUCUCUCCUAACUGACGAUAUCAGUGUUGAUUCCACCAGAAUGUGGUAAAUAAUUACGGAGAGAAAGAGUUAAAUAUGUCAUUGCUGGAAUUAAUAGGUAAUGUUGUAUUUAUACAGACUGAAAUAGCUCCUUCACCUAUCCCUUAGUUUGUUUUUUUUUGACUUUCGGGGCACCAUACAAGAUUUGUAAACCAUCUUUCUCCAUUUCUCUCUGAAAUACUCAGUCUGUAAAUUAUAUAAUAGGAUAACUUAACUCUUAAGAAAAACAUUACCUAGUGAGUUUAUUAUCUCCCCUAACCAAUAUGCAGUCCAUUGAUAAAGUAAAAUUCCUCUUAAAAAACAAUUCAUUGAAUAUAUGUUUUUUUAUUGUAUUUUUUUUCUUCUUUAAUGAAAAAAAAAGUUUAACAAUUUUUAUAAAAAAUAACCGGUUUUCAAAAAUGUAUGCUUUGAAUAACUUAAAAACACAACACUGCUGUAUCAACUGUCACUUCGCCUGUAUGAGCUUAUACAGAGAGUUUUUUUUUUUUUUUUAACUUUCAAGAAAAUUGUUGAAGACAUGUUAAGACAGGUGAGCAUCACUGCACCAAGAGUCUCUCAUUAAACCAUCAUCCUCCCAAAGUGGCGUAGCUAGGGUAGGGUGUGGGUCCAAGUUUAAAAGCCCCCCAGGCCCCCAAAUAAAUGGCCUAAAUUAAAUAUUACGCCAUGUAAUGUUGCUAUUCACAUAGAGUCAAAAAUACUAGACAGCAUUGAUCUAUGUUAUAGACUGCUGCACAGAAAGCACGACAUGAGGCGAUAUGAAUUCAGAUUUGUCAUUUGUGCAUUUUCUCAUACUACAGGUCUAAAUAAAGGACUAUAACUAUAAAUAAAUUGUGUACAAUAAUAACUGUGAGGAGACGGUAACGUGCAGGAGUUUGGUGAUGACCUCUUGUCUGAAUGUCUGAAAAAGAAAUAGCAUUUUGAAUACAACAGAGUUGAAAUUUUUGUAUGGCAGCUUUACUGUGCACUUCAUUUUGUGAACCCUUCAAUACAUAUGCUAACAAAUGUCUAGUCAAAAUCAGUGAUGACUAUUAGCACCAAAGUAAUCAGAAUAUUUGGCUUGGUUUAAAUUUCACUGUGAAUAUUAAUAUACAUUUAAUGACAAUCAUGAUCAAUUAGCAAUAAUAUUGAAUUCUAGAUUAUUAUAUAACAUUUUCAUGUAAUUUUUCCUGUCCUUAAACCUGUGCAGAAUUUGUAAAUUAUUUUUCAGUGUGUAUAGAACUCAAAUAGCUACCACUUUUGAAUUGUGCUUUUUUAUUUAAUUUUUUUGAUGCAAUAGUUUUCAAUUGUAUAGCAGAAUUGUAUAAAUAUAUGUAGUUUCCCUUACAGACCUUGUGAUCUAGAGGGCAGAUGAUGUAAAGGUCAUCUAUUUCUGUGGCUUACGGUUAUUGAGGGUGUCAUGUGGCCAGCACAAUCAACAACCGCCUUUACUUUUUCCCCAUCUAAUGUCAGGUACCCAUAUAGCUGGGUAGACUCAGAGGCGCCCAAAGAUCUCAAAAUUAAAAAUCUUAGUCUUCACCUGGAUUUGAAUGUGGGAACCUGGUUUGGAAACCAGACACUUUACCGCUGAGCCUCAUUAUAAAUAUAAGUACAAAUAUUAAAAUUGCACUAUAUUAGGAAAUGUAAAAUGGAGAUUAUAUUUUUGCAUACUGAAUGCAAGGGGGGUGGAUUAUGAAAUUAGAUGCACACAACAAAAUUUGAAAUGCUAAUUUUUACAGACAAACACAUGAUGCGAUAACUAAUUCUUAUUGAAUGUUUUGUUUUUUAUUGUUCCUAGUUUUCAGUUUUGAUUUUUGAAAUAUCAGAUUUAACUUGGAAUGGUUGUUUCUUUGCUUGUCAUGUUAAACAAAAAGCACAAUCAAAACUCAAGUAAUCAAUGAGCCUCGAUGAAUGUAAAUGCAAUGUCAACAUUACCCUUGUGAUUUGCUUUCUCUCAAUAAUAAUAAUCUUCAGUUUUGAUCAUUUUUAAUAGCCCAACUACAUUACAUCUCACCUAAGAUUAUUGGUUUCAAAAACCACCAUUCUUCCCAGACCAAGAAUACCAAGAAAGUAUGGAUUAGUUUGGUCGUCACUUAGCAUGAAGUGGUGUACCUUACAAUCCAGAUGGGACGAAAAAUGAUUUCAUUCCUACAUACUUUUUUUUUUCUCGUCUAGGAAAUCUCACCCGUUAGGUGGUAUGUUGCUUCCGAUCAUUAAAAGUCUUUAGCUCGACCUUUGUUCUAGUUGGAUUUAGUUAGGCAUGCUUGAGUUGGCUAAAAUGCAACUGAGGAUUAUUAUUAAAUAUAAAAACUUUUUUUUUAUCCCACAAAAGUCUGUGUCUCAUACUCCAUCUACCUAGUGACUAUUAGGUCCAAAUCUCAUACUCCAUCUACUUAGUGACUAUUAGAUCUAAAUCUCAUACUCCAUCUACCUAGUGACUAUUAGGUCCAAAUCUCAUACUCCAUCUACCUAGUGACUAUUAGGUCCAAGAUUUUAACUUUUAUUCUUUUAUUUGUGUGUUUCAGUAUUAGGUGCUUUCCCAUUUAAGCAGACAUACUUUUUAGAAUUCUGAGCAGCAAAAAGCUGACUAGUGGAUCUAGGAGUAAUGAGGUGAUGGUUUUUUGGCCUCCUUCAGUCUUAGAAUGACUAAGUUUCAAAUUAUAGAUCAAGGUGAAGGUUAUAAAUAUUGUAAAGAAAGUAUCUCAUAUCUGCUUUAGAAAUUUUAUUGUUUCAUUUACUAGUUUAAUUUUGAAUUAUGUGUUGUCAGUGUUUUCAAUAAUAAAUAUCUUGUGCAAGGAAAAAGUCAUACAUGUACAAGUUUGAAAGUAAUUUGUAUAUUUUUUUUUUAUAAAUGUAUAUAUUUAUAGAAAAUGUGUUUGGUUUCGGCAAUUAUAAAUGUAGAUCUAUGGGUAGAUCUAUGCUUUACCAUGCAACUUGUGAUACUCAGUCAAUGUAAUUAAUUAUCAAAUUUUUUUGUUUUUCUGUUCUACUGCUGUAUCUGAAAUAAAAAGCCAAAAUCUAAUGCAUGACAAUAAAUUAAAUUAUUUUAA